AUGAAUGAUCCAGCUUUCAACUCCACUUUCCAGGAAGUUAGGGAUAGGAUUUUUCUCAAAUGUGCCUCUGCUGCUGCUGCUGCGUCUACUGCUGCUGCUAUUUCAACUGUUGCUGCCUCAACUGCUGCUUCUGCCUUUGCUGCUGCUACUACAGUUACCUCUAUUACUGCUGAAAUAUCUGUUGUUGCUGCUGCUGCUGCUUCUAUCUUUGCUGCUGCUACGACUUCUGCUUCAGCUGCCUAUGACACUGCUGAUGAUGCUUACGCUGAUGCAGACUCCACUGCUACUUAUUCUGCUAUCACAUCUACUGCUGUUACUGCUGUUGCUGCUGACUCUGCUACUCAUGCUGUCUUUACCUCUACUGCUGCUGCUGCUCUAGAUAUUUUUUCUCUCAAGCUCUAA